AUGUCAAGAUUUUUCAAUAGCUAUUACCUUGCUAAUUAUGCAGUUUUACUUUUAUACCCGCUUUUCCGGCUGCUUUCAGGUGCAGAACCCUCAAGACUCUUUAUGGCAGACGACACUUUGCCAAGCUCUCUUGCAUAUUCUCGAGAAAUCCAAGUACUGGCAACUUGUACCGUCAUUGCAUUCUUAAAAUACAUCAAAAGCCUAACCUGGGAAGCCUUUUUCACCGAGUUCUUCUUCUACUACAAAAUCUCUAUUAUCAUCCUCUGCUUUUUUAUCAGCAUAUGGCUUAUGUUUUGGUACAUAUUUGCCUGUCUCCUUGUCUGAAUGCUAUUUAAAAUGCCUAUGUACGACGGUCCUCACAAGUUCAAAGAAAUCGACUCAAUGCGAGACUUCGAAGAAGACGUCUUAAAAAGCAAAAAAACCUGAAUCGUGCUUUUUUAUGCCCCUUGGAACGACGAUUGUCUAACUACAAUGACCUUAUGGUCUGAUAUGUCUAUAAAAUAUACCACAAAUUCUUUAUGUUUUGCAAGAAUUGAUGUAGAAAAUAAUGAACAUCUAGCCAAAAAAAGCGCUGUAGACAACUCAGGGUUUUCUAGACAGCUGCCAAGCUUGAUUGUAUAUGAGGAUGGAAAAGAGGUAAAAAGGUUCCCACCUGUGGAUAAAGAAGGGUAUGCACCAAAGGUAAGGAGCUAUAAAACAAAGGAAAUAGUCCAAUUUUUAGGAAUUGAUAGAAGAUAUUUAGCGACUAGAGACAAUUAA